UGAUAAGGCUUGCUGCAUUGCCAAAUUGUGCUUUGCGUAAAUUUCUUAUUUCAUGUUAUUUUAAAAAUCAUGAUUUUGGCACAAAAUCUGCAUUCUCUGGCCAACGUUGUUCGUCAAUAAUGCUGAUUUUGUUGGAUACUGUUAACAUUCGGAUAAGACAAAGUAUCAAUACUCAUCAACUGGGUGACAAAAUCAUCUCAAAUGUAUAUAGCUAGCAACACUGUAUCCUUGAUUUGACAAAAUUUCAAGUUCUUUCAUUCUUUGUGUUGUUUUUUCUCAAAAACCGUGCAAACAAAAAGAUAUAUCGUUAUCGAGAAAGUAAUUAAACUGUGUUUGUUCAAAUAUAGUAUCCCGAGUUUGAUAUCGGGAACCGCAUACAUUUUGCAUCAAUAUUUUCAAUCGGUGACUCAAAUCAUUCCGUUCGUCUACCAAUUUGUGUUUAUUGUUGCUCUGAAAUCCUUCAAAUUCUUGUUUCCUGCAUCACAUUCGAGUAGAAAAAUUCUUAAAAUAUGAACUGCAUUUAGCAUUAAAAGUGAGACAAUACAUGAGUUGAAAAGGAAUCAAAUAGAUCUAUAAUAUGGCUGGAAUGUCGCCAUCAGAAAGAAGGUUGCAAAAAGAACUUAUGUCUCUAGUGAAAGAGCCUCCGCCAGGAGUUUCCGUAGAUCCAGAUAUAGCAGAGAGGAACUUGCUACAUUGGAUCAUUGACAUCAGAGGAGCUGCUGGGACGUUAUAUGAAGGAGAAAGAUUCCAGUUGCAGUUCAAAUUUAGCAACAAGUAUCCAUUCGACUCUCCUGAGGUAACCUUUGUGGGGCAGAACAUCCCUGUCCAUCCUCACGUGUACAGUAAUGGUCACAUCUGUUUGUCAAUUUUGACCGACGACUGGUCGCCGGCGCUUUCUGUUCAGUCGGUCUGUCUGUCGAUCAUGUCCAUGCUCAGUAGUUGCAAAGAAAAACAACGACCGCCAGAUAAUGCUUUUUAUGUCAAGACUUGUAACAAGAAUCCCAAGAAGACAAAGUGGUGGUAUCACGACGAUUCCGUUUGAGAAGUACGAGUAUUUGUAUAGAAGCAACUUAAAUAUUAUGGUGAUAAUUUAUAAUUAAAAAUUAAAAUUGAUCUUGUUAUAUGUGGUUUUAUUUUUCUUGAAAUUCAAAGCAAAUCUUAUUAGUCAGUCAAUUUUUCUGUAUAGUGCCUAUUUCAUGUUAUUUUGAUGAAAUAAAUAUUUUAAGCUGUUAAA